UCUAUAAAUACUCCCUUUAAACUCCCGUUUUAACUCACACCAAGGCAAUGGCAAUGGCACGAUCAUACACCGUCUUCCUCCUCUUACUCGUCUCCGUCCUGUUUUUCCUCACGUUCUCUCUGCAAUUGGGUGUGGCUGAACCAAGCCUCCGUCCUUCAGAUUGCAAGCCGAGGUGCGAAUAUCGAUGCUCGGCAACGUCGCACAAGAAGCCGUGUAUGUUCUACUGCCAAAAAUGUUGUGCAACAUGUCUGUGUGUGCCUCCUGGGACCUCUGGGAACAAGGAAGUUUGUCCUUGCUACAAUGACUGGAAGACUAAGGAAGGACGUCCUAAAUGCCCUUGAAAUUCAUUUGCUAACACAUUUUAAACAUCUUUAGAACUCUUUGGUUGUUGUUUGCUAUCAUAAUCUGAACACAUCUAGAUUUAGAUCCAAGGAAAGUGUUUUGAAUGAGAGAAUAAUUGUAAUCUUGGUCACUUGAAUAAGAGGAACAUUGCAAUCUUGGUUGCUUCAUCUCCAGCAAAGUAUUGAACUUUAUGCAUGAACUCGGCAAUUUCCUGCC